AUGGCGUCGUCCACGGUGCUUCUCGAACUUGGUAGUGGCCCAGAUACUGCGCAAAUCGGGGCGGACGUUGAGCCAACUGACACUAGCUACUUGCCGCCCGUGGACAGCGGAAGAGCGGCUUGGCUCUUUCUCGCUGGUAGCUUCUGCGUUGAAACGCUCAUCUGGGGAUUCCCCUUCUCGUUCGGUGUGCUUCAGGACUACUAUUCCACUCAUCCGCCGUUUUCAUACAAUGCCUCGGGUAUUUCUGCGGUCGGCACCACUUGCUCAGGCUUGUUAUACCUCGGGGCGCCUCCCGUGUUUCUUGCUUUCCAAAAAUGGCCCAAAUUUCUCCACCGAAGCUUGAUCAUUGGUCUUCCCAUCGUGGUACUGGCAGUCUUUCUUUCCAGCUUCGCCACGGCGACCUGGCAUUUAAUAUUGACUCAGGGCAUCUUAUACGCUAUCGGUGGAAACUUCUUGUACUACCCAAUAUACGUCUUCAUCGACGAGUGGUUUGUCCGCCGUAAGGGGCUGGCAUAUGGCGUUAUGUGGGCUGGCUCAGGCUGCGGUGGUCUAGCUGGCCCACUAGUCCUCAACUGGGGACUAAAAAACUACGGUGCUGAGACCUUCCUGCGAGGAUGGGCCGUGGCUUUGUUGCUGCUGGUGGCCCCAUUCCUGCUCUUUAUCAAAGCCCGGCUCCCUCUUUCACGGCAUCACCAAGUCCCUGUUCGGACCAUUGCAGCUGGCUUCGGAUUCCUAAAGACCAAACAGUUUUGGGCUAUCGAGACGUGUAACAUUAUCCAAGGUCUUGGCUACUUUAUUCCAGCACUCUAUCUUCCUACCUAUGCCAGACUCAACAAUUCGGAUUUGGGAUCAUUUCUGGUCUCUUUACUCAAUAUAGCCCAGGUGCCUGGUGUCAUGUUUCUCUCCAUGCUCUCUGAUCGGGUUUCCGUAUAUACCAUCCUGCUCAUCUCCUCUCUUGGAUCCACAUUGUCGGUCUUUUUGCUCUGGGGUCUCUCUGGAUCUUCCACUGGCCUCCUGGUCGCUUUUGCACUCUGUUAUGGCGCGUUCGCAGGAGGAUUCACCGCUGUCUACGCGGGAGCGGCGAAAGAGCUCCGGCGGGUAACUCCUGGCGGAGAGACAGGCCGGGCUGAUCUAGGCAGUAUGCUGGGACUACUGGGAGGUGGUAGAGGCAUCGGCAACGUCGCAUGUGGACCAGUCAGCGAAGCACUUCUGCGUCACCGUACCGGCUGGAAGGAGGUAGCUGGAGGUUACUAUGGGAGCUUCGGACCUCUGAUUAUCUUUGCAGGCACGACCGCGGCCCUGACCAUGUCAGCGUGGCUUGCCAAAGUUACCAAGUUGCUCUGAAUGUGGAGUCUGGGGUAGGUACUGGCGGUGUGGGCGUCCUGAAAAGGAAGCCUAUAGAGGCGGGAGGCGCUUAAAUUUGGUCGUGGCCGCCCAAGGUCGCUACGAUUGCUGGUUUGGGACAUGCUCAAUUCUCUUCCAGCAUCCGUUGGCCAAUCUCACGCUGAAUGCUACAUGGAGGCUGCGUACUCGUCAUAGUAGAGACCGAGUUGGUGAGCAAAACAGAUCAUCGGGACUGGGAGGUUCAAUAUGUGCUUCUCAACUAGGGCUCACACUACAGCUAGGGAGCUUGCUUCACAGGUUGGAGAUUGCCCCAUUCUCAGCAGAAUGCAUGUCUGCGCAUCGCGUGCGGGCACAUCCAGCGUGCAGACCCAAGAACCCGAUUCAGGCUUCUGUCCUAGCUUCUCGCCAUAUUUAGAAGCGCAAGGAAUUCCGUCCUGGGCAUUGUCGGCAUGGAUGAACGGCAAGCAGACGAGACCCCAACGAGGCAACGGGAUAACCUGGAACGCAACACCUAACAAAUAGGUUUGGUGUGGAGCCGUACGGACAGGAGGAAGUAGGCUGCUUCAUCUCUGAAGCGCCAUUCCGACCGCUGCUUCAGCAUGUAGUCGAAGCGUAUCAAACACUGGCAACGAUGGCCGAUCGUCUUGAUGGAUGAGUAGUGGGAUUUCAGUACAGCCCAGUACCACCCCUUCCGCGCCUCGGGACGACAAGUCAUCGAUGAUGCGAAGGUAUGCUUGCUGCGAUGUUUCCCUGAACACAAAGCACGCCAGUUCCUCAAAGAUGAUGCGGUCAAUGAUAUCCUGCUGCUCCAUAUCCGGAACAAUGACGUCGAUUCCAAAUUUUGUGUGAUAGCGAUCGCACAGAAACGAAGAGGACAUGGUUGCCUUUGUGCCCAGAAGGGCCACCUUGCUCAGGUUGGCCGCCUUGAUGGCUUCGGCAGUGGGAUCGACGAUAUGUAGAAGUGGGAUAGUGAGCCCGAGCAUGAAAGUCGCUGCUGCGCGAUGCCACGUGUUAGAGACGCAAAGCAGCAUUUCCGCCCCUGCUCUCUCCAGGGAUUGAGCCAUCCCGUUCAGCAUUUCGCCGCCCUCUUCCCAAAGAUUGUUCUGCACAAGAUGCGCGCUGUCCGCGAAGUCCAUCGAAUUGAUGAUGAUCUUGGCCGUGUGAAGGCCACCCAGAC